AUGGCUUCUCCAUCCAAGAAGGGAAAGUCUCGAUCUUCUCAGGAUCACAUGUCCUAUCGCGAUCUCUCCGAGUCCGACAUCAUGCUGCUUACAGGCACCCUGUCCCACGCACCGCCACCAUUCCUACAUCAUUCAAGCCCGCAAGUAGCCAGCUACAGGCGUGCAACCAAGAAGGAAUUGGAGCGCCUACCUGCCCGACUGGAGAACGCAAAGUACUUCACGUUCCGUGGACGGUUCAAGUAUGCCUAUCACUACGCGCGCGGAGACUCCGGCGUGCUGUGCGAACUGCAUGGCCCGCUCAACUACUAUGUUGCACGGUCUCUUUUCCACUUUGUCCGCCGAGAGAUUGAUGACCAGAUUCCAGCAUUCAUCUCCGACCUUCGCGAAGCCGGCGUCUUGACGAAAGAGCAGAUCGCCGUCUUUUCUGUGUUUGACACUGUGUCAGGAAUGUGGCGCAGCAACUUCACGAAUAGCUUCGCAGCUAUGAGAGGCGACGGCGGUCUCGCCAUGUCCAAGUGGCGGAGGCAGGAAGACCACUGCUACGCUUGCAUGCUAGCUCGCUUGGGUGCAGAUGAGCAACUGGUCUUCGCACUGGCUGCUGGUAUUCUGGGACGACACCGCGGUAAGGGCAUCUACAUUGCCAACAGCAAGCGUCUGCUGUGGAUCGAGUCCUGGCUGUCGGGAUUCAAGGAUCGUGAGAGGAUGAUGGACGAGAGUUGGGCGCUGGGAAAGCAGCUCAAGGCUCUUGCGACACAGGUAAGGCGCAGCAAACUGGCGGUUAGAAAGGUAGGAGAUGCCCAGAACGAGCCUAAGAUACGUUCUUUCAGACAAUUGGCUGAGCGCGACAUGCAGCGCAGUACGGCAACACCUUCGACGGACCGCACUUUGGUCAAUGACGAAGAUUCUGCUUCACACCGGCAGCAUACCGAAUCUAGCAAUAGUUGUUCGGGAGAAGAGCUACAGAGGGCCCCCUCAACGGAGUCCACAUACUCACAGUCCGAGGACGACGACGAAGGAUAUGACGACCAGAUCAUCGAGUCGUACAAGCACAGGACUAUCUACACUCCUAUGGCUUCCAGUACGGCCCUUCCGAGCGCGAUCCCUCCUACGAGCGGGGCAGCAAUGGAUGCUUACGCCACAUGGAUCGAAAACGAGGCUUACAGCCCCUCGCCGCCUCGCACGCACCAGACCUCAGAGUGCGUGACCGAGCGCGACGAUUCCACCGCUCCGCUCCUCCGCUCCAGCACGGUGCGUGCAUCCAGCCAGGCCACGGAAACUCCAAAGCCAAGGAGAAGAGGUGCGCAAACCCAAGCCUUCUCCUACAUCAACGCGAUCUCCACUGACCCCAGCUGCUCUGCCUCGGCACAAGGCCCCUUCACUGACCCCUUCGCUGACACUGUCUCACAGCAUGAUCCAAGGCUCUCGACUGCUUCAACUGGCACUCUUAUCCUUGACGGACCAGAUGAAAAUGGGCGGUACACGUCGAAGCGUAGUGUGAGACAUGACUCCGAGCAGGUGAGUGAGCGCAGCGAGAGCGAGGCCAGGUGGAAAGAUUUCAGGAAGGCGUUGAGGGUCGAUGAUGAGGAUGAGAAUGGUAAGUCUGGAGGGGGAGAUAGGAGGGAGAGUUCAGGAACGACGUGGUCGCAGUUUGUGACUCCGCGCCGGCCUGAUGGGUUCUUCUAG